CUUAUUAAAUAGAUUUUGAAAGGAUGUUUGGAGGUCAACCGAAUCAAAAUGCGCAAAAGCCGCUUGGAUUGUUUGGAACUAGUUCUGCUGGAGGACUUUUUGGUAGUACUUCCUCUGCGACCCCUGCUGGUGGACUUUUUGGCACACAGACUGCUUCUGCAGGACAAGCAGCUGGAUCUCUUUUCUCGAAACCCGCUGCCACAGGCCCGACUGGGGGCUUUUCGCUAACCGGACAGCCGCCAGCAUCAUCUGCGCCAGCUGGUGGUUUGUUUUCUGGCGCUGGACUGAAUAAAGGUGGCUUAUUUGGUACUUCGAACCCAGCAGCUACAGCUUCGGCUCCUGGACUAGGUCUACAGCUUAGUGGCCAACAGAAACCCACUGCAACCUCGACUCCAGUGCUUUCUGGAAUCCUCGGAGGCGCCACGACUAAUUCAGUGCCAACGGCCAGCGUUUUGCCUUCUUUUUCUUCAACAACAGCAGCUAAUCAGCCAAAUGUUGGGAGCCUUUUUGGAAUGUCAAGUGGAGUGGCUGCGACUUCUGCGGCAACGCAGGCUGGGACGCAGUCAAAUUUCUCAUUCGGGAUUCCAAAAACAAGUGCAACUUCAGCAACUGGUUUGUCUCUAAACGUGUUGGCGUCAACUUCGACUGCCCCAACAUCAACGGGUGUCUCUAGUCUGUUUUCGACGACUGGGGUCUCGGCUACUGGUUUGAAUUUGGGCUUGAAAUCAUCUGCAGCUUCUAGUGCAACUUCUGUGUCCAUACAACCGACAGUCACAACUAGUAUAUUGGGAGGAUCGGCAGCUGCUCAACAAACAUCUGGCAAAGAAGUUACGUUUAAACAGCUAGAAGAAAAUGUCAGCAAGUGGAACGAUGAUUUAGAUGAUUUGGAACGUCAAUUUUUAGCCCAGGCAACACAGAUCAACGCUUGGGACCGUCUUGUACUUGAGAACGGAGAUCGAAUCACAGCUUUAAAUGAAGAAAUGGGCAAGAUAAAGGUCAAUCAGGACAAGUUAGACCAGGACUUGGAUUUUAUUGGAACCCAGCAAAAAGAUCUUGAAGAGUUCAUUAAUAACUUGGAAGGUUCAUUAACAAACAGUGCGUUAAGUCAGCCUCAAGACGCGGCUGAUGAGCAAAGACGAGAUGUUUUUGCUACAGCUGAAAGUAUUGAUUCUCAGUUGAAGCAAAUGACGCAAGACUUGAGAGAAGUUAUUGAACGCAUAAAUGUAUCAUCACAGAACGACGAAAGUUCGGUUGCCUCGCCAUUCGGCCAAUUGGAACGUAUUUUGAAUGCACACGUGGAUUCAUUGAACUGGGCGGAUCAAAACAUAGAGAAUUUGGGAAAACAAAUUGACCAGAUCCAAAUUCCCAAAGUAACCAAUUGAUUUUUUUCAGCGUUGUUCGAAUUUCAAACAAGAAGCUUUAAAGACGUUUAAAGUAGAAGUAAAUAGCUAAAACAAUAAAAACUGAUAAACUUUGAGUUGAUUCCAAGUUUUUGAUGUUGAUAGCAGUGUUUUGCUGGAGCAAAUUUGACGUAACUGCUCUGCUGAUAGCUUCCAUGUGAUCAUUUUGUAUGAUUGUUUUCUCUAAAGUGGCGUUCUUUAAUUUACGAUUCGAAACUUUAA